AUGGCCGAAUCUGGAAGAAGAGAGGUUUCUCGGCGUAUUCUUCGUCUGACGGAUGGAAUUGAAGAAUCACAUGAAAUACAUGAACCAAUAUUUGACAUUAAGGAUACACCAAUUGAAUCGCUUGAAAAUGCUAUCAACCCACUUGUUUCACUGUUGCCUGACAUUCGAAAGUAUGCAGUUACUGCAAAAAAAGAAUGCAAAAAACCACCUGCUGAUGGGCUAACACUUGAUGAAUCUGCUUCAAUUAGACUUUAUACGAUGGAAUGGAAACCACGUGAUAAAUGUUUGUAUGUUGUUUUAAAUGACACGCUUCGAUCAGAAGAUGGAAAAAAGGUCAAACCAUGGUUUCUGUAUUUGAAACUUCUUCGUACUGCACUUGAACGGCUUCCAAUACAACAUCUAACUGUAUAUCGGGGCGUCAAAAAAAAUUUGCAUGAGAAAUAUUAUAAAGGUCAGACCAUCAUAUGGUGGGCAUUUUCUUCUUGUACACAAUCGAUCGAUGUUUUGCAAGAUGAAAAUUUCUUGGGUAAAACAGACGAGCGAACACUAUUCACUGUCACAUGCGAUUCAGGAAAAGAUAUUCAACAUCAUUCUCGUUUUGUAGAAGAAGAUGAAAUAUUGCUGCCGGCAGCCACUGCAUUUAAAGUCGUGGGCAUUCUCGAUCAGGGCUUCCUUCAUAUGAUUCAACUGAAAGAAAUAAAUCAAGCUGAUUUUCUCUUACAGCCGAUGAUUGUUUCCAGUUCCAACAAUCUAUUAAAAGAAAAACCCAAGUCGACACAAUUAGAAAAUACACUUAGCUCAAGGCGCCGUGGUAUUCAAACGCUCUGGCUCGUUUGGCUAGAUUCUAAUAUCGAUGAAACAAAAGACGAUUGUUGUCGUAUGAUUACUAAGCUACGAGAAAUUGCAAAUACAGUGAACAUGUUUACUGAUCCGGAUCAAUGUAUACAGUUUCUUACUGACAUUAACGAUGGAAAAGCUUUACUAAUCGUAUCAGGUUCGUUUGGUCAACAUAUAGUCCCCAAAAUUCAUAACAUGUCUAAUAUCCACGCUAUUUUUGUUUUCUGUGGUGACAAGUCUCGACAUAAACAGUGGGCCGAAAAAUGGUCAAAGGUAACGGGUAUUUUCACCAAGAUUAAUGACAUUUGUGAACACCUCAAGAAAACCGCCGAAGAGUGCAAUAAGCUGGCGAUACCAAUGAGCUUUGUUUCAGCAAACGACACAACUACAAAUCAGAAUUUAGAUCAACUGGAUAGCCAUUUUAUGUACAGUAUAAUCCUGAAAGAAAUCUUACUCGAAAUCGACUUUGGCAAACAAGAAAUAAAAGAAUUUCUUGACUAUUGUCGGAAAGAGUAUGAAGGCAACAGUAGCGAGCUCGCUGUCGUUCGUGAAUUAGAACGAAAAUAUCACUCACAAUCUCCUAUAUGGUGGCAUACACGUGAAUGCUUCAUUUAUGGGGUAUUGAACAAAGCAUUGCGCACCAUGGAUGUCAACAUUCUUAUCAAAAUGGGUUUUUUUAUCAAUGAUCUACAUCGACAAAUUCAGCAACUGCAUUCAGAACAAUUUGGUGAUCAUAAACAUUUAACACCAUUCGUUGUCUAUCGUGGACAAGGAUUGCCACAGGUAGACUUCGCUAAACUCAGAACAACAAAAGGUGGACUUUUGUCAUUUAAUAAUUUUUUAUCUACCAACAAAAGACGCCAGGCUUCUCUCGAAUUUGCACGUAUGGCUUUUUCCAAGUCUGACCUGAUUGGCGUUAUCUUUGAAAUGAGGAUUGAUCUGACCCAUCCUUCUAGCCCUUUCGCUUCAAUAGGGGAAUUCAGCUCUUUUCCAAUGGAAGAAGAGAUUCUUUUCUCAACAAAUACCGUUUUCCGUAUCAACGAUGUCGAUCGGAUUGACGGUAGUGAUCGUUUGUGGCAAGUUACAUUGACGAUGAUCGAUAAUACUCAAGGAGACUACGAGCUUGAGCAAGUCGCUACAGUCAUACGAAACGAGAUUCGAGGACCAACAGGAUGGUAUCGUCUGGGUAAAUUUCUACUUAAACUAGGUCAAUUUGAUGCAGCUGAACAGUUAUACAUGAAACUGUUCGAACGGUGCGUAAAUGACAAAGAGAGGUCAACUUUAUAUAAUCAACUGGGGUUGGUAAAAAAUAGUGAAGGCGAAUAUUUAGCAGCGCUUUCUUAUCAAGAGAAGUCACUUCAAAUCCGUGAAAAGGUUCUUCCUCCAGUUCAUCCUGAUUUCGCAGAAUCUUACAGCAACAUUGGUGUCAUAUAUUAUGAGAUGGGCGAGUACUCAAAAGCCCUUGAAUUUCAAGAGAAGUCACUUCAAAUCCGUAAAAAGGCUCUUCCUUCAGCUCAUCCAGAUUUGGCUGAAUCUUACAACAACAUUGGUGUCAUAUAUAAUGAGAUGGGCGAGUACUCAAAAGCGCUUGAGUUUCAAGAAAAAUCACUUCAAAUCCGUAAAAAGGCUCUUCCUCCAACUCAUCCAGAUCUGGCUGAAUCUUACAACAACAUUGCUGUCAUAUAUCAUAAUAUGAAAGAGUAUUCGAAAGAACUCACAAAUUACCAACGAGCCGUUGAGAUUGGAAAACGUUCAUUACCUUCAAAUCAUCCUAAUAUUCAACAAUGGGAAAAUGCAUUAGAAUCAGCAAAAAAGAACUUUAAAUGA